UUAAAAACCAGACCUAAAAACCCAAUAACUGACUAGAAUGGUGUUUUGUUGUUUGUUUUCCAAAUCUUUGAUGCUUUUAAUGACGAAAAGCUUUUGAAGUUCAUCCAUGUUAAAAAUCAAUAGCAUGAUAGCUCCAAUAUGGAUACAUACAUUUUUUUACCAUGUGUUUUUCUUCAUCUCCUUCAAAUAAAAAUAUAUCAUGCCAUAUGUAAAGACACUGACAAGGCUUAUGAAGACCUAAAUUAUAAAAAUCCAAUACCUUUUUCCAUCCCAGGAACUUAAUUUUGGUUUUAAAGUAUCAGUGAACAGUCAUGCCUUUUUAGGAGUAAUCGGGGGUGGGUAGGAAGAAAUGGAGAAGAGCUGUAACUUAAACCAUAAUUUUCAGUAUAUUAUUCCUCCCCAGUCUUGCUCACUAUAAUUUUAAAGUCAUAUUUUUAUGGAAUUUUCACUGUUAUUUUCUUGGCACUGUGCUUUCUCAUUAUCUGAAUUUUCUCCUUUGACAGGAAGCAGAUAGAUGUGAUGUAUUUUUCCCCAAUACCAUCUUCUUAUUACUCGCACAUGGUAGUCUGUAACCAACUCCCCAUAUCUGAGAGUACUAAGAUGAUAACUUCCAUUUUAGGAUGAGUAAAGGGAUACUCAGAAAGGUUAAGUGGCUCUCCUAAGCUCAUAGCAUUGAGUCAAAGGCAGAGCCAGAUCUCCUGCCCACAUCUUCUGACUAAAUUUCUUGCUCUCUUGGUCUGUUACAUCAAUAACUGUACUUAUUUGAAAGUAAUCUUUUAGACAUUAAAAAUAAACUACCGCCCGGCCCUGGGACAGCCCCGGCGGGAGCGGGCGGCCGGUUGCCGAGCAGCCGAGCGGGCCCGCGGCUGGCGAGGGGCCGGGCCGGGUCCGGAGCCCGGGCGGCGGAGCUGCCGGGUAGGCGCGGGCCCCACCGAGCCAGGCCUGGGGGUCGCCGCGCAAACCUGCCUGGGCGGUCCUUCAUGAUGAGAGAUUUUGGAAUGCGUCUCUCUUCUCUAUGUAGUUGGUAGUUUGGGUGGUGAAGAGAUGGCUGACAGUGUCAAAACCUUUCUCUGGGACCUUGGCAGGGGAAUCAAAGACUCCAUCUGGGGCAUUUGUACCAUCUCAAAGCUAGAUGCUCGAAUCCAGCAAAAAAGAGAGGAGCAGCGGCGGAGAAGAGCAAGUAGUGUUUUGGCCCAGCGGAGAGCCCAGAGCAUAGAGCGGAAGCAAGAAAGUGAACCACGUAUUGUUAGUAGAAUUUUCCAGUGCUGUGCUUGGAAUGGCGGAGUAUUCUGGUUCAGUCUCCUCUUGUUUUAUCGAGUGUUUAUUCCUGUGCUUCAGUCAGUAACAGCACAAAUUAUUGGUGAUCCAUCACUACAUGGAGAUGUUUGGUCAUGGCUGGAAUUCUUCCUUACGUCAAUUUUCAGUGCUCUUUGGGUGCUCCCCCUGUUUGUGCUUAGCAAAGUUGUCAAUGCCAUUUGGUUUCAGGAUAUAGCUGAUCUGGCAUUUGAGGUAUCAGGGAGGAAGCCUCAUCCAUUCCCUAGUGUCAGCAAAAUAAUUGCUGACAUGCUCUUCAACCUUUUGCUGCAGGCUCUUUUCCUCAUCCAGGGGAUGUUUGUGAGUCUCUUUCCCAUCCAUCUCAUUGGUCAGCUGGUUAGCCUCUUGCAUAUGUCCCUUCUCUACUCUCUUUAUUGCUUCGAAUAUCGCUGGUUCAAUAAAGGAAUUGAAAUGCACCAGCGGUUGUCAAAUAUAGAAAGGAACUGGCCUUACUACUUUGGAUUUGGUUUGCCCCUGGCUUUUCUCACAGCAAUGCAGUCCUCAUAUAUUAUCAGUGGCUGCCUCUUCUCUAUCUUCUUUCCUUUGUUCAUAAUCAGCGCCAAUGAAGCAAAGACCCCUGGCAAAGCAUACCUUUUCCAGUUGCGCCUCUUCUCCUUGGUGGUCUUCUUAAGCAACAGACUCUUCCACAAGACAGUCUAUCUGCAGUCUGCUCUGAGUAGCUCAACCUCUGCAGAGAAGUUCUCGUCUCCACAUCCAUCACCUGCCAAACUGAAGGCUGCUGCAGGCCACUAAAUCUCCUGCCAUCUGAAUGGGAGGGUGGGAUUGGAAGGAGGCUGUGGCAGAUCUUUUCCCUGUUCACAGUCUGCUAAGGGCCCUCUGCAUAUUGUCUUCCCUCCGAGGAAUUGGAAUUUUUGUCUCUGGUGCACGUAAGGCAGAAUCUCCUGACACCAGUAUGUGGAUUUGUAACAUCACCAUUGAGUCUGAAAGGACCACAGGUUUUUCUGCAGCUAUUUUCUAGUGGUUGCCAGCCCCUGUGUCUGGACUGAUUUGAAUACUUCGUUUUUCUCCCUGUGCCAUUUACCCUCCUACCUCCCCUUCCUGCCUUCCGUCACCCUUGGAUGAAUGGAUUUUGUAAAUCUAGCUGUUGUAAUUUGUGGAUUUGUUAUUUUUGUUUUUUUUUUCUGUGAAGCACAUACAUUGGAUGUGGAGGUAAAGGAAUUGUUCCUCGUCACUCCCUUUAUAGCCAUCACUGUCUUCUUUCUUGUAACUCAGGUUAGGUUUUGGUCUCUUGCUCCACUGCAAAAAAUAAAUAAAUAAAUAAAAAACGAGCCUGAAGACAUGGGACAGGAGGAAAGACCUCCUGACCAGAUCUGCUGGGUUUUGAGGAGUGAUUUUCUUUCUUCCCCUUGAAGGGGAAAAAGCUUUUUUUCACUGGUACAUUUAAAGUUCCCCAAGUGUGGGGAGGUACCAAUUCUGGACAAGUGCCACUGCAAUACAGAAUGGUCAGAGAACCUAAACUUUUGAACUCUGAGAGGUCUGAAAUUUAUUGUUGGCCACUGCCACGUCUGUCUGGUAUUUCAAAGGAAUAUUGGGUGCUGUGAAUAGGAACUGAUGGGAUAAACUUAUUAAACACAUAUACCUGUGGAAAAAAAAAAAAAAAAAAAUAAACUACCUACUAAUUA